AGCUGAGACUUCCUCCGAUUGUGUUCGUAAAGUGACGACCUGCAAGAAUCUAGUCAAGAUGUUCAAGAUCAUCGCCCUUGGUGCCCUGCUGGUGUGCUGUGCCGUGAUGACCCGUGCCGUGCCCGUGGACCAGACCGAACUGGACGAAAUGGCGGAAGCGCCCGUGGCCGGAGUGUCCCAAACGAGCCAGGCCGUGGUCGAGCAGGAGCCCAAGAUAUCCGCCCCGAAGGAGAGCGACGUGGAAAUGAGCGAGCAGAACAAGGAGGCCAUGGAGAACGCCGAAACGAUCGGAUUUGGAUACCACAAGACGACGUUCCACGUGGCGCCACGCGUGUUCGUUCCGCCGUACCCGCUGCCGUACCAUGCCGUUGGCGCGUACGGAUACGGCGUUCCGGCGAUUCCGAGUUAUGGAGGAUAUGGAGGUUAUGUGGUGUACUAG